AUGCCGGCCGACACAAAGGCCGGGCCGCAGCCACCCCGCAGGAUUGCCGGGUCCUCGCACCCGCACCCGGCGCCCUGGCGGCGCGCGCACCGGUCUUUUCAACAGGGCUUCCGACCAGCCGGAACGGUCUCAUCUCGGGCACCCCAGUGUCGUGUUGCGGCAUUUCCAGAAAAAGCGCCGGCCAGCAGUCUUUGGAGUCUCCCCGGGCCCAGGGCGCUGUGCCGCCGCAGUCUGCACGCUGCCCUUCCAGAAGGGGCCGCCGCUCUGCGGCUGCAGAGACCCAGCCUCGAGUGGUACCAUCAGUAA